AUGAAGCGGCUGGAUGGGAGUUCUCUGACGGCACUCGUCUAUGGAGUCUUUGAGCCACCGAUCUGCCUCAUCACGUUGGUCACCAAUUUUUUUGUUUGUUUGGUCCUGAUGAAAAAGAAGAUGAGGAAUCCAACUUCUGUCUUGUUAGUGGCACUGGCAAUGUCUGACACUCUCACGAGUGUGACACCUCUCCCUUUCUUCCUCUACUUCUACACAACGGGUCUCUACAAAUAUUAUCUCCCUUACGUGCCCUACCACGUCUGCCCCAUCUACGUGGCCUUCCAAGAUGUCAUCCCCACCAUCUUCCACACUUGUUCAAUCUGGCUCACUGUCACACUUGCUUUGCAAAGGUACCUCUUUGUCUGCCACCCAAUCAAGGCCAAAAGGCUUGGUACAGUUUCCAAAACGGUGAAGGUCAUUAUUUUCGUGUUCGUCAUGUCCGUCUUGGUGCAUUCGUGCAAAUUUUUCGACAAUACAAUUAUCAACGAUGAAAAUGAUAUGGGCAGUUAUGAAUCGAAACACCUCAUAAAUGGAUGCUACUUAGAGCAACGAAGUUUGAUGAAAAACUACAACCGAGUAUACAUCUUCAUCUAUUAUUUCGUCAUUCGCAUUUUCUUCAUCUACGUGUUGCCUUGCUUAGCUCUAGUCAUCGUCAACCACAUCCUCAUCAGGGAGAUGAAGAAAGCCAGAGAGAGAAGAAUCAAACUGCUGAAGAUGAAGCUGCAUGGAAAAGCGGCAGUCAACUGUUUGUGUGAGAGCCACACAUCCACCAUGAUGCUCGUCGUCGUCGUCGGCAUGUUCCUCGUGCUCGAACUGCCCCUCGCCAUCUUCUACGUUAUAAUGGUCGCUGGCUUCUAUCUCUCUAUCGAGUUCAUCAGUCAGAGCAGUCAGCUGCACUUCUCGAUCCUCCUGAACCUCCUCAUCCUCAUCAGCUACCCCAUCAACUUCUUCAUCUACUGCAUCAUGAGCAAGUCAUUCAGAACAUCAUUCAUUCAACUCUUU